GCGAUAUCUUGGGUUUGACUUCACCUCACCCGGCCUAGGCGGAUUUAGCCCAUCACUGUACCUGACUAUGGCCGAUCCCAAGUAUGCGGACCUGCCCGGCAUUGCUAGGAAUGAACCUGAUGUCUAUGAAACAAGUGAUCUUCCUGAAGAUGAUCAAGCGGAGUUUGAUGCGGAAGAGCUAACUAGCACCAGUGUGGAACAUAUCAUAGUCAAUCCCAAUGCAGCCUAUGACAAAUUUAAGGACAAGAGAGUGGGCACCAAAGGACUAGACUUUUCCGAUCGUAUUGGCAAAUCCAAAAGAACUGGCUACGAGUCUGGAGACUAUGAAAUUUUAGGGGAAGGUCUGGGUGUGAAAGAGACUCCUCAGCAGAAAUACCAGCGUCUGCUGCAUGAAGUUCAGGAGCUGACUGCUGAAGUGGAGAAGAUCAAGAACACCGUGAAGGACUCCACGGCUGAGGAGAAGCUGACACCAGUUGCCCUUGCUAAGCAGGUGGCCGGGCUGAAGCAGCAACUGGUCUCCACCCACCUGGAGAAACUGCUGGGGCCAGAUGCGGCCAUCAACUUGACAGAUCCCGAUGGUGCUCUGGCCAAGCGCUUGCUCAUUCAACUGGAAGCAGCCAGGAGCACUAAAGCCACUCCUGCAAGUGGGAAGAGCCCUGCGAAAGCCCCGGCUGGCCCAGGAAACACAGUGACCUAUGAACUGCACUCCCGGCCUGAGCAGGACAAAUUCUCUCAGGCUGCCAAGAUUGUGGAACUGGAGAAGCGGUUGGCUGAGCUGGAAGCUACAGUUCGCUGUGAGCAGGAUGUGCAGAAUCCUCUGUCUGUUGGACUGCAGGGAGCUAGUCUUAUGGAAACCGUGGAGAUCCUUCAGGCCAAAGUCAACUCCUUAGAUGUCGCCUCCCUGGACCAGGUGGAGGCAAGACUACAGAGCGUCUUGGGGAAGGUGAAUGAGAUUGCCAAGCACAAGUCCACAGUGGAGGACGCAGAUACCCAAAGCAAGGUGCAUCAACUCUAUGAGAUAGUGCAGCGCUGGAGCCCUUUGGCCAGCACCCUUCCUGAGGUGGUGCAGCGCCUGGUCACUGUGCGGCAGCUGCAUGAACAAGCCAUGCAGUUUGGACAGCUCCUGACCCAUUUGGACACUACGCAGCAGAUGAUUGCUAAUUCCCUGAAGGACAAUGCUGCUCUGCUAACCCAGGUUCAGAAGACCAUGAAGGAGAAUCUUGCUGCUGUUGAAGACAAUUUUGCCAACAUCGACUCGCGGGUGCAGAAGCUUUCCAAGUGAAUCCCCUAAAUCUCAUCUACUAAGGCAGGGCACACCGGGUUCUCUGCCAUCCAAACAUGCACUAACCGCUCCGUCCCUUCCCUACCUCUGUACCUUUCCUUGUGCGCUCUUAGCGGGGGUUCGGCCUUCAUGCAGGCCGGUGGACUGAGUGCUUCUCUGUCCUUGUUACAGGGCAGAUGCGCUCGCUCCGCCCCUUCCCAUAUUUCGCUGCCCUUGCGAUAGCUGCAGAGGGCAGUGCUGCGUUCCAAGCUGGAAGGAGGGGCUGUGCUAGAGAGGGAACCCUCCUUUGCAUAUCCACCUGGGAAGGUGCACUCACUGUUUGGCCCAGAACGAGGAGCCUUUUAUUUGGAAAGGAGUCUUGAACUCCUCAGCCUGGCAUGGAGGUGGAUCGUAUCGUUGUAUAAUUAUUUACUGUCAUUAAACACUUAUGCUGUC